AUGUUUGAAUGAAGUCACCGCGGCGUGUGAGCCUGACUUCAUCUCUCACUCCGGCUGAGGUUCUCACCACGGACGCGCGCCUCUUCUGAAGUUACUUUUUGACUCCUGCUUUGGGACUUUUAAUUAAACAAUGCCACCGAGGUGUUCUGCCCCCGAGCGGAGUUUCCGGCGCGUGGAGAAAGUUCGUUCAUGAGUAACACUGCGGACCGUCCGGAAGAUGGAGAGCACGACGAGCGAGCAGUCCGUGACGGGCCGCCCCAUGAUCCCCACCAUCCCGUCCAUCAUGUUCAUCUUCGGGGUGGUGGGCAACGUCAUCGCCAUCGCGGUGCUGUGCAAGUCUCGCAAGGAGCAGAAGGAGACCACUUUCUACACGCUGGUGUGCGGUCUGGCCGUCACCGACCUCCUGGGCACGCUGCUGGCCAGCCCGGUCACCAUCGCCACCUACGUGAAGGGCGCCUGGCCCGGCGGGGAGCCCCUGUGCCAGUACUUCGGCUUCACCCUCAUCUUCUUCUCCCUGGCCGGCCUCAGCAUCAUCUGCGCCAUGUCCGUGGAAAGGUACAUGGCCAUCAACCACGCGUACUUCUACAACGACUACGUGGACCAGAAGCUGGCCGGCUUGACCCUGGUGGCCAUCUACGUGUCCAACGCGCUCUUUUGCGCGUUGCCCGUCUUGGGCUUCGGCCGCGUCCAGAAGCAGUACCCGCGGACUUGGUGCUUCCUGGAGUGGCGGAGCAACGAGACGAGCGACGCGGCGUUCAACUUCAUGUACGCGGGUUUCAGUUCGGUGCUCAUCCUGGCCACGGUGCUGUGCAACGUGCUGGUGUGCGGAGCUCUCAUCCGCAUGCACCGGCGCUACAUGCGAAGGACGUCGCUGGGUACCGACCUGACUCGCGGCAGCGUGGACUCGCGCAAGAGGGGCCGAAGUUUCGGCCGCCUGGCCGGUGCCGAGAUCCAGAUGGUCAUCCUGCUCAUCGGCACCUCGGCAGUCGUGCUCAUUUGCUCCAUUCCGCUUGUUGCCCAGGUGUUUCUGAACCAGCUCUACAAGACGCCGGUUGAACUGCGCUUGGACAAAAACCCGGAUCUCACGGCCAUUCGUUUUGCCUCCUUCAACCCCAUCCUCGACCCCUGGAUUUACAUCCUGCUACGCAAAGCCGUUUUCCGCCAGCUAGUAGAGAACAUCAAAUGUCUCUUCUGCAAAAUGGGUGCCAGGAGCCAGAAGACGAGCGACAACGGGAGCUUACGCUGCAUGGACGCCGCGCCCCGUCCGACCUCCUCGGCCGUCUCCAAGAGGGACUCGCACUCGCUGGUGUCCGGUGACCUUCCUAAUAUAAGCUCCCAGACUUUCUUGUGCAACUCACAGGUAAGGGACGCACAGGCAAUGAGCUGCCGUGCCAAUCACAAAGCGGAAAGUCUCUCAUGGGCUUCAUCGUGCGAGCAGGGUAACGUGGCCCAAAGGACUGAGGGGGGCACUGUGAUUAUGGGCCCCCAGACUUCGCCAGCUAAGGACCCCGGGCUACAGGUGUCACUCAGCUCUGCAACCAUGGAGGAAAAAUGCAUCUGACCUUGCACUGACUUCGAAAUGGAGCACAUGUGGAAGGAAGAAACGAGUCAUAUCUCACAGGCAAUCAGUCAGGAAAAAUAAUGCAAACAAUGAAGAGUUUAGCACUGUUGCCUCACAGCAAGGUCUGGAAUGCUGAAUUUCCAAGUAUUUGAAAGAGUCUCCCGUAAAUGGUUAAAGCAACUCCAAAACUUGUGUAAAAUCACAUGAGCUACAAAGUGAAUUUCAUGACAAUGAAACAUAACAGGAUCGGCUGACAAAAAGGGAAAAUCAGUUUUAUUUGUCCGUCCAUGUGUUUGCUAGCAGCUACUUCCUGGUUCAGAUGUUAGCAUUGGACUAACAUGACUCUCCUAUUUGAAAUCCGGGAUUAUUAUUAUUUUUUUUCUAAAGCAGAGGUUGAAUGGUUCUGUUGUGGAUCAGUGGCAAAAAAAGGGAAAAUCAUAUAUGCUUGUUUGUCCCUCUAUUUGUCAGCGAGCAGCUAGCUCCUGGUUGAGAUGUUAGCAAGAGAAGUAGCCUACCAUUUUAAUUUUCGGGGAGGAGGAACAGUUUCUUUUUGUCAAAAAGACAAAGUAAAUCCCUCGAACUAAAAAUUGUGACGCAUUGUAGUUUUGUUUGUCUGUCUUGUCUAAAAUUAGCUCCGUGCUACUUCAUUAGGAUUGGCGACGAAAACAGUUCCAUCAUAACUCAAAUGGUAAAAACUAAAAUAAACAUUCCUUAAUGAAAAGGGAUUUUUUUUUAAAUUGUGUGCGUAUAUGUGCAAGUGCUUUGUGACAUUUGUCUGACAAAAAAAUGAAAAGAAAACUCAUAAAAUCCCAUCCAUCCAUUACAUAUAGCAAUUAGCCUCGUUAGCAUAGCAGGUGAGCUGUAGGCUAUCGCCAUUGACUUUGGGCAAAAGUCUGACUAAUUGCCAGCAGACUGCAGGGCACAUAUAAAAGUUCCCAAAAUCAAUCACAAGGAGCAACUAUUUAGUCCAUUAAGCUUGUUUUUGGAAUGUGGGAGGAGACAAGAUUCAAACCUCAAACUCCCGCACUGUGAGGCAGCCAUGCUAACCACGAGUGCGCUGUGCUGCUUGUAGAGUGCAAUAUUUGUUUGUCCAUCAACGUUUCUGCUAGCUGUAUCCACUUAUUGGUCACCAGGGCGGAGUGAACAGAAAUCCACACAAGUUUCCUGGAAUCAGGGUGUGUGCUUAUUGCAUAAUCUUGAUUAUUAACUAACAAACAAUGACCAAAACUAUACCUUUCCAUUAGCCUUUGAUGAAAUAACUCUUAUUUGCCUCUCAGCUACCUCCGCUUUUGUUUUUGGGUGUAAAUUUGAUUUUAUUCCAACAGAAAUGACCCACUUCUUUGUGACUCAAGCAAUGGGAAAAGACACCCAUUCUAUUUUUGGGCCACCUUGUGACAAUCAUUUUUGGACAGCUUUUUAAGUUGAACUAGCUGAGGUCAGAAUGUCAAAAUAACAGCUGGGACCAGCUGAUUCAUGAAUUUGUGGGCAGCAGCAGUGAAUGUGAUCCUGCUGGUAGCUGUCUUUGUUUUGGAUUCUAUUGUACAGCCCCCCCCCUUUUUUUUUUGUUAUUUCAGCCCCAUGACUAAUGUGCAGUGUGCAGUUUUAUUUUUGUGGUGAAUGGCAACUGUUCCUUUUUUUGUCUGUACUGGAAUCCACACGAACAUUUCAUCUCAAAUAUCUGAAGAAGGUACAAAAGAUUCCAGUUUGUGAUAUCUAAUUAUUUACAUGUGACUGCCGGGAAUAUUUUUUCCACGUGUGGCGUGUUUAUGCUUAGCGUUGAGUUUUCGAGGGUUUUUAUCACGUUUGUGAUGGAUGUGUGAGUCGAGAUGGACGAUGUGGUGACAGAUGUUGUUUUGAAUUAAAUUUGCUCGCCAAUCCCAACUACAAAGGCAACGAUACGCUUCAGCAUUCCUGAAAAUCUGAAGUUCAUCGACAAAUGUUGCAAUUCAGAUCCGACCGACAUUAUUUGGGCUAGCUGCGAAGUACUUUUCAUUCAUACUUAAAACUGUUCUUAAUGAAUUGCCCUACUUGCACACUUCACCUUGCGUGUUCUAAGGACACCAAAAAAACUGCAAUAUUUGACUGUGCGUGUACAGCAGGUGCAUGGGGAAAAAAAAAGGGUCAAACAAGAACUUCAGAUUCACACUAGAGCAGCCCAGGUGUACUUUUGAUUUAUUUAUCAUACAUACAGGCCAAUUGUAAUGUUGUACAAUGUGAUUUGAUUGACAUUCACCAUCUACCAUGUAACCAAGUUACUUUGUCACUUAUACUCUUUUAACUCUGUAAUUGUGAACAAACAGAUGCCUUUGCAAAGAUGUUCAUAGUCAUACCUGUUAUGUUUGUACAGAAUAUGAAUAUUUGUUCCCUCAUUUCACAUGUUUUUUUGUAACAUGCUUUUAAAUCAGUACCAUUGUAAUGCAGAAGGAUGUGAUGAAUUACUGCAGUCUUGUUAUCAUGUGAGUUGCGCCAGACAUAUGGCACAUCUGUCUUCGUAUAGUGUCAACAUAAGAGGACGGCUAAAGUUUCUCACAUGACUUUUUCCUGCUUUAUGAGCUCAACUCCAAGCUUUCAUCCAAAGGACGACCCUGACAAGAGCAACAAAAACAUAUUUAGGAUUAAGAUCCACAAA